AAACAAAGGACUGCCUACGUAUGUUUUAAGAAUUACGUGCUACAUUUCAACAUUAGACUUUCCUUAUUCGAUAUGACUACAUAUCAUUGACAGAAAACCAACUACGAUCCAUAAAUAAACUAACCUUUCUCGUACUAUUUAUGUCAUAUCAGACGUUUAGGAAUUGAGUACAUCAGAGAUAUAUACAAGAUAUAAAGAGGGCAGGAGGAAUUGGGUCCGAUAUGGGUAACAAAUUGCCAAACUGUGCGAUCCCGUACCCCAGUAAGAAUAAACACCUACAUAUGGUGCUAAGUACGGAGCAGGUUAAACUUGUACAGGGAUCCUGGGAGCUCCUCAAGGAUGACCUUGGGAGAUUAGGGCUCAUUGUGUUUCUCCGGCUAUUUGAAACGGAACCGCAAAUGAAGACGAUAUUUCCAAAGAUUGUGCAAAUGAACCAUGACAACAAGCUGGAGACAAACAUUGACAAAGAUAUGUUACAACGGCACGCAGUCACCGUGAUGGAAGGGCUAGGGGCUGCUGUGGAAAGUUUGGACGACUCAAGAUUUCUAAAUAGUGUUUUAAUCUCUAUCGGCCAAACCCACGUGCAACGACAAGUCAAACCGCACAUGGUCAAGAAAUUAUGGCCUUCCCUCAACUAUGGUCUCCAAGAAGUGCUUGAAGAAUAUUAUACGAAAAGUGUUGAAGAAGCGUGGAAAACAGUGUAUGACUAUAUCUGUGUCUAUAUGAAGUUGGGAAUGGAAAAUCCAGACAUUGAUCCCGACAAUACCAGCGAAAUUGGCAGAUAACAAACAAGAUACAAUUAAUUUGGUCAUUUAUUGUUUUACUUACCUGUGUGUCAUUGCCAUUGUAAGGAACUUGAUGUGUGCAUAAUAUUAGUUAUUAUUUACAGAACAAAAUCUUAUUUAAAGGUUCUUUGUAUCAUGUCAUAUCAAAGUUGCGGCACAACUUUUGUCAUAAAUUUGACUUUGAAAGAUAGAAAUGUUUACGAUUAUAUGAAUGCACAAUAAUAGCGUUAACGAGUAUCAUGCAUUUUUUCAUAAAAGGGAACAAAAGGGCUUUCUCAAAGCCG